GAAAAAUGUCCCUCUGUCAUUCCAGCAUCAUGCAAAACCCAUUUUCCCUUUCCCCUCGCUUCUCUGAAUCCUGAAUUCCUACUGUAUAAUUCUAAUUCUAUCUCGUGGUGGAGAUAGCAAAGGUUCACAUCCUGCCGACUUCAAAACCGAUUCAGCUAGUUCGUCCUGGGCCUUGUCUUUCAGUUGGCGCGAGUACGAUCUUCUCUUUUCCUACUUCGUACCCUCAACGUCCCCCUGGCUACUUCACUACCCGACGCCGGGUUCACCUUUGUUUCUCGCUGUUCGAUGGUGAGGAAUAGUCAGUGAACUUCACCUCAGCAAUGAUAAGCCAUCCAUAGAUACUUUUUUGGCAUCUCGACACAACCCUGCAAACGACCACAGCACCAUUUCUUGCCGUCCAGCAAAAAAAUUUCCCACCUGACAAGGCAUUUUUCUUCCGCCAGAAAAUCAUGCAGUGAAUGCCAUCCUAGCAAUUGUCAAGUCCGAUACCUCAAUGCGUAGCGAUGGCCCCAAACGAAUCAAGGGAAUCUUCACGGCCACUGGCCGACUACUUCUGGAUUGCCGGCCUGGACAGUCAACAGCUGGUGGAUGCCUUUUCCCAACCCAGACUAUCUUACGACUUUAAUGACAGCAACGGUAUUGAUGUGCCGAUAAAGGAGGAACCGACGACAAAUGACAAAGACGACCAAAAUUCGAUUCUUCAAUCGCCCCCGACUUCUCCCCACCACUCGAGACAUGAUUCAUAUCAAAGACUGUCUCAACUCUCGGACGAGGCUAGGGACGCUAUCCAGAGUUUGAAUGAUGUGGCGCAAUCACCGAGAAGCAACCGAAGCAGUAUGACCAUUCGACCGCCCGCUCCAAUUGGUGGUCCUCGCAUGUCAUCUGCCUUGAGUGAAGCAGACUUCGAAAGGGCAAUGAAAAGGUUUGCGACGGAUCGAGACACCUUUUUCCUCGACCUCAGUUUCAAUGCAUCAGAGACAGCCAAGCAAUCUCGGCCCAAGUCACGGCCUCAGACGCAGAAGAUUGUGCUCGAGGACGAACUGUCUCCCCUACCGAAUCGCAACUUUGGCAGCAUCCGCAGACACAUGUCCUUCAAAGAUAUGAGCAGCACAAAACGACAACCAUCCGUGGCGAGACACACCUCAACCCGAACAUCGCGCAGAUUGAGCAGCUACAAUUCGGUAAUACCUAGUCCAGAAAUGUUGCGCGUUCCUCCAGACGAGCAUCCAUUGACACGUAAAUUCGAGCCCGUACUAUUGGAGAGGUAUCCUCGCAAGUCAACGUUCGAUCACAUGAAAGGACGAGGGCCAUUUCCAGAAUAUGUGCCCAUGUUUGCAUUCCCUAACGAUAUCAAGGUCGUUUGCGCCGACUCCAGGCCUAGGUCGACGUGGCAUGAGUUUUCUAUGACCGCCUCCGACGGCUCCAGGAUAUUCGCUGUCCAAGUUACAUUGUGGAUCCCGGUGAGCCGUCAGUUGGCAUCGGACCUUGAGAAGAAAUGCGACGAGUGGAGGAAUGCACACAUGUCCGACGCGGAACGAGAACUGGCCUCUUCUCUCGAGGAGAGAUUGACAACUGAAAGUGCCAAGUUGUCACGAUUGCUGGCACAACUUCCCGAGGUAUCUCCAGACUCCCAAGAAAGAGAGCAGCUAGAGGAUGAUAUCAGUGCCGUCGAAGAGAAGAUCAGCAUGAUGGCUGAUAUGUUGCGACCGCUGCGGCACGGCUCGGUGACUGAUAUCCAAGGUCUGGGCAUUGGUGAAACACAGUAUUGGAUUCCUAGAGCCUACGGGAUCCUCGGAAAAGAGCCCUCAUCGAUCAAUUUCUGGCGACAAUGGUUGCGCGCUGUCGUGGUUCCCAUGACGGAUGGUGGAAUCCUCAGAGUUCCCCCCAGCUCACCUAAAGUCGGCAUGUGGCAACCUUUGGAACGUUACGUUUUUAGCCUAUGUAUGGAGGCCCCCAGUCCACUGUCCUCAAAAGUUCAAGUCCAGGUGUCGAUACGAGAACUCAAACUGUACGCGAAGAAGGAAGCUGCAAACGAACUGCCUGGCAGUCGAACAACCGAUCUGUACCCCUUGUUCAGAACACUCACUAUUCCCAACAUUGUAUUAUUAUUCGAAUAUGUCUUGGCCGAAUCCAGAAUCAUCCUACUUUCUUCACACACAUCCAUGCUUCAACUAGUCAGCAAAGCAAUUUUGGAUCUGAUAUGGCCACUUGAAUGGGCCGGGGUGUACAUUCCUGUAUUACCAUCACGACUUGUCCAGGCACUCGAUGCGCCUUGCCCGUACAUUUGUGGUAUCAACCGCAAGUACGAAAAGUAUGACCUGCCAGAAGACGACUUUGUCCUAGUUGAUCUCGACAAGAAUGAAUUGCAUAGCGUCGGGCCGCCACCGAAUUUGCCGAAACAACAAAGAAGGAAAUUGAUAUCCCUUUUACAUCAGGCGGCGCCGCUACAUCACAGCUUUGGAGUGGCACCAGGGAGCACGCCUUACGCGGCAGAGACUUUUCCCCAUGAUGCCUUCUCGGCGGAGAUCGAGACCCCUUUCACGGCCAUCGCUAAAUCGACAAAUUUAGAUAAGUUGGCCAGUUUGAGCUCGACGUCUUUCGGCCCACAGGCUGCUUCAGAUAUGAUUCGGCGUGCACCAAUGUUGAAUGUCUUCUUGAGCGGGGGGCCAACUCGGGGGAAGAGUAUCGAUCGGCCCAGAACAGCCUCAACUGUUACCGCCCGGCAGUCUUUCCACACGGACUCGGAUGGAAUGUCUCCCAUUAAAGGAGGCUUCUCCUAUGGCCUUGGUAAUGGAUCACCUCGCAACGAUUCAGGGUAUAGUUUACAAACGACUCUGCGAGAGAAGAGAUCAGGUCAUUUCGAUUCCAUGUCAAAACGAAGUUUCUCUGGAUCCACACACAUGAUAAGAAAGGCUAGUCUCCCCUUUGUACGACACAAUGCAAGUCCUUCGACAAUCUCAUCCCCGGACAUGCGCAGCGCAUCCACUUAUGCACCUUCUACGUAUGCCCAAUCUACUUUGGCCGCAUCGACGAUAAUGCCGCAUAUGCACGUCCACCAUGCAGCGACAAAUACAGAUUCCACGUUUUGGGUCGAAGGGCAUUGCCUGCAAUGGCGAGGAACCGAUGGGCCCUCAACUUGUGUUCUCUGUGAUGAGAAAGCCCAAGACGGCUACUACCGGUGCUCUGGGUGUGGAUUUGUCAUUCAUGACCGGUGCGCUUCUCUGAUCACCAUCGUCUGCUCGUCAGCCUUCUAUCCCGACCAGGUUCGAGCAGCAUUCGUCCGAUGCCUGGCAAGCCUUUUCUACACCUAUCGGAAAUUCAUGUAUCCCGCACCACCUCAAAAGAGAAAGCUCGGGGCUGUCUAUCAACUCGAAAGUGAAACGUUCAUUCGAUCCCUACCUCCCGAUCACGCAGCUUACAUGGAAAUGCUCCAACAAACACAAGCGUGGAACGAAUUUGUCAUGGAUCGCGAGGAGAACUCCACGAAACCUUCGGUAGCUCUAUUUGACGCCAUCAUCGCGGCCAAACGAGGACGAGCAGGGUUCAGGUCAUCUCUGUCAGGCCUUGGACGAAAGAGUCUCGUUUCGAGAUCAGUGUCUGGGAUCAUGAAGACCGACGUACUCUCUGACACGUCGCAACACCAGUGGCGCAUCAUCGCGAUACCAGGAGGCACUGAAAGACCAGAAAUCGGGUCGGCGGCAAAGGGGCGAGACUACCACAGCAUCAUCACACGAACUCCCGCCAAGCUGGAAGAUGGCUUGUUCAAGCAGGAGGAGACAGUUCCUGAUCUACCAGCGAUCAAGCCGAGGAAGUUAAGGGUCAGUACCGUGGCUGGGAAGAUGAACGGGCUCAGCAUGCAUGCACCAUGAUUUCAACUUUUACGACGUACAAAUUUAUCAUCGACAAAUGAACAAUCAUGACACCUUCCGCCUCGUCAAAAGAUUCCCUGUACUCAAAGCACCUCGUUCACCCAUGGAUGUCCGCCAUUGGAUGGCCAGUUGGCCUAGCACUGCUCUGCCCUCCCUUCUCAUACUAGAACGUAAUUCCUCGAGCCCUUCAGAUACAUCCUGUUCUUGCUCUACGAGGAAAGCUACUUGGAUAAUGUCUCUAACAUUCACGAAAGGGUUUUGAACUUCGACUCCAGCAUCCCUUUCCGCAUCCCAGUUAAGAGAUGUGGCUCUGAAAGGUGCCUUGGCCUGGAGUCGUGCCUCUUCAAGAACAAUCGAACUGUCGGACACAUUUUCGAGCUGAGCUUCCAGCACGUACCGAGCUAGAAUUGCCCUUCCAUAUGGGCCAUGGCUUUUAUCAGGAACUUCGACUGAUGGAAGCUCCGUUGCUUUCGUCCGCACGCUCAGACAUGGCUGAGCAACAAACUGGUACAACUUUCGAAAUGACCGUACCUUUCCACUGGUUGCCUGACCAUCGCCAGACGUUGUCUCUGUGUAUGAAACAUUGACUGCAAGGACAUGGUUGCCUUCCUCCUUGAGAUCGAAUUGGAUUAUUCUCUGUAGCGAUCUAUUGGGGUCUGCUUGGUCCUCUUCGGCAUCGGCAGCAAGGAGUUCCAACGGGACAGAUUGGGAUGGAGUCUGCAUUUCCGCGAUAAUCCUGGUGCCGGACACAGAUUUGAAAGUUCGGCCUGGUGGAAGUUCAUUGUUGGCGCAAAGUGCGCACGAAAAAGUCUCCCCUACAUGAGCUGAGCCAAAAGAAGGCGGAAGCCCAAGAUUACCGGAGAGGACGAACUCUUGGUCGGUGGUAUCGCUUGGAUAUGCAGCGGAAGCUGCUUGUGGUAUCUUGGUCUCACUCUCGCGUGGCAGCGGGUGUUGUUGGGCUAGUGAUGGUCGUGAGAGCCUAAUUUUGGAUGAGAACGGUGAUUAGAAAGAAAUGCUAUGAGUGACCUUGGGAGCACCAAAAUACCUUAGAACUAAUUGUAUUAGCACAAUAAGAAAUUGUAAUUGCAAACGAC